AUGGCAGAGUCGGCAGCAGCUGAUGAUUAUCGGAAACACUUGCUGGCAGCCCUCGAAAGUAUUGAACGACCUGGCAGCUUCAGCUUUGGGGCUUCGCUCAAGAGCUUCUUCCAUCCUGGAUUGGAGGUUCCUGAGCUUGGUUCUGUUGGACUACCGCUAACGUAUGAGCAGGCACAACAACUGGCAAAACUCUGUUCCCAAGCACCCUUUGGGCGGAGGGAGAGAAUCAUCUACGAUGACAGCGUCCGCAAGUGUCUGCAGCUGUCACCCGACCAGUUCAGCCUGGCUGGCCCCGGAUGGGAUGCGCAAGUCCAAAAGCUGGCAAAUCAGGAAGUGAAGCGAGGCCUCGGGCUUCCUGAGGGCGUCAAAAUUGUGGCAAAUGCUUACAAACUUCUUUUGUAUGAGGUCGGCGGCCACUUCAAAGUCCACCAAGAUACCGAAAAAGAGGACGGCAUGUUCGGGACUCUGGUUUUCGUGCUGCCAUCGGCGCAUUCUGGAGGGGAGCUUGUGGUACGUCACGCGGGUAAGAAGAACACGUACGACUAUGCCAGGGAGGACGUCUACGCAAUCCACUAUGCUGCAUUCUUUGCGGACUGCGAGCACGAGCUUCUGCCCAUCCAAACGGGUUACCGACUAGCCCUGAUCUAUAACCUCGUCGUGAAGAGCUCAAAUCGAUUCCAAGGCCCUGCCGACAACACAAAAGCUACCGCAGAAGUCGCCGAAGCCAUUAAGCGAUGGACCCAAGAUAGCAACGGAACCAAGAGAGUGGUCUUUCCUCUGGAGCACCAGUACACCCAGGAGAGCUUGUCGUAUGACAGGCUGCGUGGGAGAGACAUAGCGACGGUCGAAGUCCUCCUGCAGGCAGCUAAGACCCGCAACGCCCCUGACGUCCACCUUUAUCUGGGAAUGCUACAGAAGUUCGAAUCGCGCAAGGUGGCCUAUCCUGAACGCGACUUCGACACCUCAUUUGCCUUCAGCAACGCUGUACCCUUGCAUGGUUACUCAGGCACCUACAAAUGCAUCAGAAUCAAGGGAGAGGAGCUGAUAUCCGAGAUCGCUCUCGCCGGCCGGGAAUGGGAAGAAGAGGAGGAGCGCUCCACCGGGAAUGAGGGGACCAUGGAAGAGCGCUGGUUCCACCACGCCGCUCUGGUGAUUUGGCCGCAUGCCAGACACUGGAAGAUAGCCUACAAAAACGACCAAUAUACGGUUCUGAAGGAAGCAUGUUCUCUCUCCGACACCGUGACAGCUUUGCCGCGCCUUCUGGAAGCCGCCUGCUUGACCCAGGGUCGGCUCAGUCUCGGAGAAGCAAGCACUGUCGCAACGCUGGUACUUGAGCACGGACACGUGUAUGCCGUCGAAGAGCUGGCGGUCGCCGUCAAAGAGCUCUGCGCGCCGCACUGGCGGCUCUCCAAUACCUCCGAUCCGACAGUGGCGGGGCUGAUCGCAAAACACGGCUACGUGGACCUCGCAAAGGUGUUCAUCCGAAAGUACGGGGGCCCACGGUACUCCGAAGAUCCCGGCGUCGUGGUCCUUCUCGGGGCCCGUUUCGGUUGGAAAGCUUUAGAAACGGCUGUCAUUGACUGGCUGCAUCGAACCUUUGCCCUCGCGUAUGGAGACGAAGACUGCUUCCGGUUGCUGCUUCAGAUUUGCGACGCCGCUCCAAAGGAGCAGAUGAACAUUGAUAUAGAAACACAGACUGGAGAAAAUGGAAAGGGGCUGUCGGUCGGGACCGGGCGCACUGAAGGGGACUCAAAUAUCCUCGGAAAUGAGCAGGAGAGAUGGGCCGUAGUUGACAAAGCCCUAGCAGCGUUGGUUACGUCUACGUCCACAAAGUGGUCAGGCUCAUCCAGCGGUCUGACUCGUCUGACAGAACUCUUGUCCAAACACUACUUUGGACAAGUCCUGGAGCGGUUCGGGUGGCAGCCUUGGAUGCCCGCCAUCGACUGCCUCAUCUUAGACAGUCUGACGUGUUCACUGAAUGCGAUCCAGGGUUUGCUUGGGGCCGUUACAGUGCUCCAUCCGGACGUUGAGAUGCUCGGUGCCUCGUCCGAACGGACUCAGGCGGCGGCCACGUCCGGAAACGUCGCUUCCAUGGCUGCGGACAUUUGUCAGAAGCUGUCCGGCAAACUGGUGUCCCAGUUGCUCGACGAGAACGAGUCGAACAGCUCUGCGGAGCGCUAUCCCUACACCCAGUACUACAUCUCCCGGCUGCUAGGGGCGCUGCACUGCUGGGGCUUCGACGGCGACGCUUUGAAAAAGCUGGUCGCUCACUUUGUGGCCCAUCCGCAGCUCUAUGACCUAGAUAAAGCUCUCCUGCCGGCGCUUACAGAGCUCUGGGCCUGGCUGAAAGAGCUGAAAGAGGCAACUUCCCCGGCCUGGAUCGUCGAGUUUUGCCGAGGCUGUCUCGAAGCGCUUGAUAGGAGCCGCGGCGACCCCCCGCUGAGAGCGCGCGAUUGGGCGGCGCGUGUGGAGUGCGGCUGCGGCUGCCUGUACUGCAAGCAUCUCGUUGAGUUCUGCCUCGAUCCGGUGAAGAUAGAGACACAAUCAUUUGCGGGGCUGGGUAUACAGGCGAAGGCGCACGUGAUCGACUCCAUCCAGCGAGAAGAAACAGUCUACGACGACAGCGUCCGCAAGUGUUUGCAGCUGUCCCCCGACCAGUUCAGCCUGGCGGGACGCGGAUGGGACGCUCAAGUCCAGAAGCUGGCAAAUCAGGAAGUGAAGCGAGGCCUCGGGCUUCCUGACGGCAUCAAAGUUGUGGCAAAUCCUUACAAGCUUCUCUUAUAUCAAUUCGGCGGCCACUUCAAAGUCGACCGAGAUUCUGAGAAAGAGAACGGCACGUUUGGGACUCUGGUCUUCGUGCUGCCAUCGGCGCAUUCUGGAGGGGAGCAUGUGAUACGUCACGCCGGGCAGACAAAUACGUACGACUUUGCCAACGAUGACGUCUACGCGAUCCACUAUGCUGCAUUCUUUGGGGAAUGCGAACACGGGAUCUUGCCAAUCCAAGCGGGCUACCGACUAGCCCUAAUCUAUAACCUCAUUGCAAAGGUAAGUCAUGAAGAUAUACCGUACGCCACCUGGGUGCGAGCCAAGGAGGCGAUUCCUCGGCCCUGGAAGAGGAAGGGCUCGGGCCGAGUUCCGAAGAAGCGCUUCUUCGUCUUGGAUCUCAAGCAACUUAGUCAGGGUUCCGAUGCAGAGAUUGACAGAGCGGCCUCCGAGUAUGACAGCGAGGCGGAGUGGGAGGCUCAGGGAGUCGAGCGGGAGAAAGAGCGGAAAGCGAGACGUGUGGAGAGAAAUGCAGCUGCGUUCACCGCUCGACACCCCCCGGUUGCCGGCGGGCCGAAGCGGCGUGCUUCGAUCGCCCUGGAGGAGGGUCCACGGCCGCAGAAACGAAGCCGGCUGUCCCUCCCAGCUAUUCUCCCCUCUCCCCAGACCCUAAAACCCCAAUUCCUCGAAUACCUCCCCAUCGUCCAGGGGAAUGAGCUGCCUCGGUCGCCGCUGUCCAGAAACUCCGCUCCAGAUCCCUAUGCAGAGGCUUCUCUGCUCGCCAUGAUGGCAUUCUACGCGUCUCCCAGUCCGAGCGAGACGAGUCGAGACGGCGGGGAAGAGAGACUCGUCGCGGGAAACGUCGAUUCCGGUUCUCAGAGAGGGGUGAGGGGUGAGGAGGAACUUGUGGUGCGAGAAAAUUCGGGGGAACCUCCGGGUGUCGAAAGGGUGCAGGAGGAGGAGAACGGAGAGACUGUCACAGGAGCUGUCCCAGACGCGGAGCGAGGGGGCGGUGGGUCAGGGGACAACGAGAACGGGGGAGCUGUGCCAGACGCCGAGACUCAGGCGAGAGCGGGCGAUGCUGGGCAGGAGGAAGACCGCGAGGUGCUCCGUAUCCAGGCUCGCGACGCGGGAGGGCCUGAGGGGGAUGAAGACGAAGACGAAGAGGAUAUUCGUGUCAUCCCUCGGCGGCGGCCCCGCGGGAGAGCCGUGAUCUUGGAGAACGAGCGGCGGCCCCGCGGGAGAGCCGUGAUCCUGGAGAACGGGCGGAGACAAAACGCAGAGAAGCCUGUUAUCCAGGUGGACCGCAUGGGCAAGAUCAAGGACCUCGUUCGACUCCCGAUACACUUUGUACGUUUCAACCCCGCCAAGAGGCGCUAUGGGCUCCUGAAAGACCUUCUGGAACGCCUUUUUCUCGAUUCCAAAGGCGCAGAGAAUGCCGCAGGAGUAUAUGUGCACUUCGUUGGGUACCCUGAGGAUAGGGUCCGAGAGCUCAACGACGAGGAAGAAUUCUGCUUCCAGUACGCAUCAGUCGCAAGUAUUGAUUGA